AUGACCAACACCCAUCUAAGAAAACCCUUUAAACAACUCCGCAUCCCAAUCUUAACAUCCACCCUCUUCCUCCUCUCCAUGGCAUCCCUCUCAUUCCUCUUUCUCUUCCUAUUCCUCUCUCUCUCAUUCUCCCGCUCUCACUCCUCCACCACUCUCCACAUCCAGCAAGCCUGCAAAGCAACACGCUUCCCUCACCAAUGCCAAACCUCCCUCUCCUCACAUUCCCAAAACCUUCCCGCAAACCCUAACCCCCUCCACAUCAUCCAUUCCGCUAUCUCCCUUUCUUCCUUAAACCUCAAAGUUGCUCAAUCAAUGGUGAACUCCAUCCUCGACGCUUCUGCAGGCAACCAAUCCCGCAUCAAUGUCGCUAAAAGCUGCCUCCAGGUUUUCCAGUACUCUCACCACCGUACCUCUCUUACCAUAGACGCGCUCUCACGUGGGAGAAUCAAGGAUGCACGUGCCUUCAUGAGUGCUGCAUUGUCUUAUCAGUAUAACUGUUGGUCUGGUCUUAAAUACGCAAACGACACUUCCUUGGUUUUCAAAACUAUGUCGUUUCUUGAGUCUCUCACGAGUCUCUCUAGCAAUGCUCUUAGCAUGAUUCUCUCUUAUGAUCUUUUCGGUAAUGACACUGAUUCUUGGAGGCCGCCUCACACUGAGCGUGACGGUUUUUGGGAGGAUUCUGGGUCGGGUGUAUUCGGCUCGGGACCCUCGGUGCCUGUGAAUCUUACGCCCGAUGUUAAGGUGUGUAAGGACGCGGGCAGUGGGUGUUACGGGACGAUUCAGGAAGCGGUUGAUGCCGCGCCUGAUAAUAUUGACAUUGGUGGAGGGAGGAGAUUUGUGAUACAUAUAAAGAAAGGGGUUUAUGAAGAGAGGGUUAGGAUUCCGUUAAGGAAGAGGAAUGUUGUGUUUUUGGGGGAUGGCAUUGGUAAGACUGUCAUCACUGGCUCGGCAAGUGUUGGACUACAGAAAGGGAUGACAACUUAUAACUCUGCCACAGUUGGGGUUGUUGGGGAUGGAUUCAUGGCGAAGGAUCUCACAUUCGAAAACACAGCAGGUGCUAAUGCACACCAAGCAGUAGCAUUCAGAUCAGACAGUGAUCUUUCUGUUAUCGAGAAUUGUGAAUUCGUAGGCAAUCAAGAUACUCUCUAUGCUCAUUCCCUGCGUCAGUUUUAUAAAUCUUGCCGUAUCAUAGGCAACGUGGACUUCAUCUUUGGAAACUCUGCUUCAUUCUUCCAAGACUGUGAACUCCUAGUCCAGCCUAGGCAAGCGAGGCCAAAGAAAGGGGAGAACAAUGCCAUUACUGCACAUGGCAGAACAGACCCUGCUCAGUCGACUGGUUUUGUUUUCCACAAUUGCUUGAUUAAUGGUACGGAAAAAUAUAUGGAGUUGUAUUAUGACAAGCCUAAAGUACACAAGAACUAUCUCGGAAGACCAUGGAAGGAGUAUUCUAGAACAGUUUUUAUUAAUUCGUUCAUGGAAGCCAUAAUCACACCACAGGGUUGGAUGCCAUGGAGUGGAGAUUUUGGACUGAAUACACUCUACUAUGGGGAAAUUGGCAAUUCGGGACCUGGUUCUAAUUUGACUAAGAGAGUGUCCUGGAGUAGCCAGGUUCCUGCUGAACAUGUGUACACGUAUUCAGUGCAGGGUUUCAUUCAAGGAGAUGAUUGGGAUAGCCGUAUCAGUUAUUAG